AUGAACGUGGACGACUUCCCAGAGGUUCCACGGAUAGAAAAGAUACAGAGACAUGUCCGAGUCACCUACAACGGCAUGGAGGUUGCUGAAGCGUCGGACGGCUUCUGGGUUCUCGAGCAGUAUCGACCACCAGAAUAUUACCUUCCCAAGUCAUCCCUCAAGGUCCCUCUCACCCCCACGGGCUACAACCCACCGUGCAGAUUCAAGGGACCCAGAACACACUACUCGGUGAAGGGUCCUGAUGGCAGGCUCCUGGCCAACAGGGUCUGGUCCUACGAGAAACCGAAGCCGGGGUACGAGGCCCUCAAGGGCUACGUCUCUUUCUACGCGCGGCCUUGGCAGUCGUUUGUCGACGGGGAGCGGGUGGUGCCGUACCGGACGGACUUUCGAGGCGGCUGGGUGACGGCAGAGAUUGUCGGGGUGGAGAUGACUACAGUAGCUAUCUGA